AUGGCGAGCCCGCCGCCGCAGGGGCCCCCGGAGCCGGCGGGCGGCCCCAACCUCAACAACAACAACAACAACGACAACCACAGCGUGCGCAAGUGCGGCUACCUGCGCAAGCAGAGGCACGGCCACAAGCGCUUCUUCGUGCUGCGCGGGCCCGGCGCGGCCGGCGACGAGGCGGGCGGAGCGGGGGGCCCGCCGCAGCCGCCGCGGCUCGAGUACUACGAGAGCGAGAAGAAGUGGCGGAGCAAGGCGGGCGCCCCGAAGCGGGUGAUCGCGCUCGACUGCUGCCUCAACAUCAACAAGCGCGCCGACGCCAAGCACAAGUACCUCAUCGCCCUCUACACCAAGGACGAGUACUUCGCCGUGGCGGCCGAGAACGAGCAGGAGCAGGAGGGCUGGUACCGCGCGCUCACCGAGCUCGUGAGCGAGGGCCGAGCCGCCGCCGCCGACGGCUCCCCGGCCGGCUCGGCCCCCGCCGGGGCUGCGUCCUGCAGCGCCUCCCUGCCCGGCGCCCGCGGCGGCUCGGCCGGCGCCGCGGCCGACGACAGCUACGGGCUGCUGGCGCCCGCCACGGCCGCCUACCGCGAGGUGUGGCAGGUGAACCUGAAGCCCAAGGGCCUGGGCCAGACCAAGAACCUGACGGGCGUGUACCGGCUGUGCCUGUCGGCGCGCACCAUCGGCUUCGUGAAGCUCAACUGCGAGCAGCCGUCGGUGACGCUGCAGCUCAUGAACAUCCGCCGCUGCGGCCACUCGGACAGCUACUUCUUCAUCGAGGUGGGCCGCUCGGCCGUCACGGGCCCCGGCGAGCUGUGGAUGCAGGCCGACGACUCGGUGGUGGCGCAGAGCAUCCACGAGACCAUCCUGGAGGCCAUGAAGGCGCUCAAGGAGCUCUUCGAGUUCCGGCCGCGCAGCAAGAGCCAGUCGUCGGGCUCCUCGGCCACGCACCCCAUCAGCGUGCCGGGCGCGCGCCGCCACCACCACCUGGUUAACCUGCCCCCGAGCCAGACGGGCCUGGUGCGCCGCUCGCGCACCGACAGCCUGGCCGCCACCCCGCCCGCCGCCAAGGGCAGCGCCAGCCGGGUGCGCACGGCCAGCGAGGGCGACGGCGGCGCGGGGGCGGCGGCGGGGGCGGCGGGGCCGGGGCCGGGGGCCGGCGCGGCGGGCGGCCGGCCCGUGUCGGUAGCAGGCAGCCCCCUGAGCCCCGGGCCGGUGCGCGCGACCCUGAGCCGCUCGCACACCCUGAGUGCGGGUGGCAGCGGCCGCGCCUGUAAGGUGGCACCGUCGCCGGCAGGCGGCAUCCUGCAGCACAGCCGCUCCAUGUCCAUGCCCGUGGCGCACUCGCCCCCGGCCGCCACGGCCGCCGCCGCCAGCCCCGGCAGCCUGUCGUCCAGCAGCGGCCACGGCUCGGGCUCCUACCCGCUGCCUUCGGGCCCGCACCUGCCGCACCCGCUGCCGCACGCCUCCGGCCAGCGGCCCUCCAGCGGCAGCGCCUCCGCCUCGGGCUCGCCCAGCGACCCUGGCUUCAUGUCCCUGGACGAGUACGGCUCCAGCCCCGGCGACCUCAGAGCCUUCUGCACGCACCGGAGCAACACGCCCGAGUCCAUCGCCGAGACGCCCCCGGCCAGGGACGGCGGCGGCGGCGGCGAGCUGUGCGGGUACGUGACCAUGGAGCGGCCCCUGAGCCACUGCGGCCGCGCCUACCGCCGGGUCUCCGGGGACAGCGCCCAGGACAUGGAGCGCGGGCUGAGGAAACGCACCUACUCGCUGACCACCCCCGCGCGCCAGCGCCCGGCGCCCCAGCCCUCGUCGGCCUCGCUGGACGAGUACACUCUGAUGCGGGCCACGUGCUCGGGCAGCUCGGGCCGCCUGUGCCCGUCCUGCCCCGCGUCGGCCUCGCCCCGUGUGGCCUACAACCCCUACCCGGAGGACUACGGGGACAUCGAGAUCGGCUCGCACCGCAGCUCCAGCAGCAACCUUGGCGCGGACGACGGCUACGUGCCCAUGACGCCCGGCGCCGCCCUGCUGGGAGCUGGCCGCGGUGGCGGAGGCGAUGACUACAUGCCCAUGAGCCCUACCAGCGUGUCUGCGCCCAAACAGAUCCUGCAGCCGCGCGCCCCCGCCCCUGCCGCCCUCCCCCCGCCCACGGGGACGGUCGUGCCCGUGCCCGGUCCCCCAGCCGCACCCAACGGCAGGGCCUUCGCUGGGACCGCCACUGGCGGCUACAAGGCCACCUCUCCAGCCGACAGCUCCUCGGAUGACAGCGGGUACAUGCGCAUGUGGUGCGGCUCCAAGCUAUCCACGGAACCCACUGACAGACGGCCGCUGCCCAACGGGGACUACCUCAACAUGUCUCCGGGCGGCGAGGCGGGCACCGCCGGCACCCCGCCGGACUUUUUCUCCUCCGUCGCCUCCCCCGGCGUUGCGGGAGGCAGCGAUGCCCUCAAGGGUGGGCCUGGCUUCUGCUACAGCUCCGUGCCCCGGGCGUGCCACCGGGCUCCUUACACCUGUGUUGGCGGCGACAAUAACGAUCAGUAUGUGCUCAUGAGCUCCCCGGUGGGCCGCAUCCCGGAGGAGAGCAGACUGGAGCCGCAGGCGGGCAGCCACAGCCAGCCUCACCCCGCAGUAGUGCCUUCGCCUCUGCGCCCUGGCGGCAGCCGCCCCGAGGGCUACCUGAGCCAGCGCUGCCGGGCAGUGCGGCCCACGCGCCUGUCCCUGGAGGGGCUGCGGACCCUGCCCAGCAUGCACGAAUACCCCCCGCCGCCGCCCGAGCCCAAGAGCCCCGGCGAGUACAUCAACAUCGACUUUGGGGAGGUGGGCACGCACCUGUCGCCGCCUGCACCCCCGCUGCUGGCGGCAGCUGCCUCAUCCUGCUCGCUCUUGUCGGCUGGUAGCCCGGCCUCAUCACUGGGCUCUGGCACACCGGGCACCAGCAGUGACAGCCGCCAGCGCUCGCCGCUCUCGGACUACAUGAACCUCGACUUUUGCUCCCCUAGGUCACCCAGGCCGGGCACGCAGGGCAGCGGCGACACCGUGGGCUCCUUGGACGGCUUGGUGUCGCCCGAGGCCACUGGAACGUACCCACCGCUGCCCCCGCGCCCCUCCACCUCGCCUUCCUGCUCCUUGCAGCAGCCCCCAUCUGUGCCCUCACCCGCAGCCCGACCGCCACAAUCACCCGGGGAACUGCACUGCCUGCCCCCUGCGCAGGCUGCGGCCCGGGCCCCGGGUCCCAGCACCGCUGCCGUCUCGGAGGCUGCUGACGGCGGGGACUACACCGAGAUGGCCUUCGGCAUGGCCGCCACCUCGCCCCAGCCCAUCGCGGCGCCCCCGAAGCCGGAAGGCGCGCGAGUGGCCAGCCCCACGGCAGGGCUCAAGAGGCUGAGUCUCAUGGAGCAGGUGUCCGGGGUCGAGGCCUUCCUGCAGGCCGGCCAGCCCCCGGAUCCACACCGUGGCGCCAAGGUCAUUCGCGCAGACCCUCAGGGAGGCCGGCGUCGCCACAGCUCGGAGACCUUCUCGUCCACCACCACCGUUACCCCGGUGUCCCCGUCCUUCGCGCACAACCCGAAGCGCCACAACUCGGCCUCGGUGGAAAAUGUGUCUCUCAGGAAAAGCAGCGAGGGCGGCGGGCCCAUCGGGGCGGCGGGCGAGGAGCCCCCCGCGUCCCCGCGCCAGGCACAGCCAGCUCUAGCAGUGCCCCCGCUUCCCGCGCAGGCACGGGUCUGGACCCCCGGCCUACCCGGCGUUGGCGGUGCCCCCAUGCGCAGAGAGACAUCCGCUGGCUUCCAGAAUGGCCUCAACUACAUCGCCAUCGACGUGCGCGACGAGUCUGGGCUGUCUGCGCAGCACCAACACGCGCCGUCCGCGGCCGACAGGAGCUCCUGGGGCAGGACCCGCAGCCUCGGAGGCCUCAUCGGUGCCGUGGGAGGCAGCGGCACGGGCCCUCUGCCCUCAGCCAACGCCUAUGCUAGCAUCGAUUUCCUGUCGCACCGCUUGAAGGAGGCCACCGCGGUGAAAGAGUGAAGGCUGCACAGCCAGACUGCAGCCAGCGUCUGCCUGACCGGAAGCCACUUCGCGUCCCCCUUUGGAUCUGAGCAAUGACCAUGGUUGUAAGGGCUGUGGGCUGCGCUGGCCAGGAGCCGGCACAUGGCGGGUAUCACCUCAUCAUGCUGGUUGUUAUUCUCAUUAUUAUUAUUAUUUUAAGAAACAAAAGUGUGACAUGAGCAGGAGGCGUGAUUCUCCAAACACUUGCCUGUUCCCAGUGGCCCCUGAGCUAGGGCCAGCGUCUUCAUUUCCUCUCUGCUGGUAUUGACGAGGCUGAGGCGCGCAUCCUUCAGCAUGCUAGGAGAUGCUCAGCCAACACCCAGGGGAGUGGUCAAAGCUGGUGUGGACCAGUGUCUUCUGAAAGCUACCACAGUCCUACCUCAGUUCCAGAAACAGCCUGAGCGGCGUGGCUCCCCAGCCAGGCACCUGCCACGUGGGACUGCCGCUGCCCCACGGGAGACCACGUCGGCAUUGGGCCCUGCAGGAGGAUCAGUAAGUGGCGGUUACCCUCCCCCGCCCCGGCCGUUGCCACUGCAGCAGCCGCUAGGGGAGGGAAGGGCCGCCCAUCUCUGCCCUUGCUAGACUGGCUCGUAUCUUCUCUGCGUGGCUGUGUUUCUGUAGGUCCCUUGAUUGUAGACGCCUUUGAUGCUGCCUGCGUGCUCACACGUCCCUGCCAUGCGGGACCUGAGCCUUGCAUUUCUCUAACAACAACAACAACAAAAUCCACACAGGCGUGCUCGCCAUUCGAGGGUGGCCAGGGUUGGGAGAUUUCAUUUAAGCAACAGCAGCAACAGCAGCAGAUGUGUUCUCUUCAAUGCUAGGGCGUGAGCCAGCACGGCUGCCCCCAAAACAGAACAACUAAAAAGGAAGGAAAAACUGGCGAAAAAUAUAAAAGACAUUCCAGCCCUCACGUCAGUCACGGAUAAAGAAGAAAAGAAAUCUCAUGGUACGUGUGGGCCGGUGGGGCCGGCUCUUGACUGGGCUAGCCUCGUCCCACAGCUCUUGACUGGGCUAGCCUCGUCCCACAGCUCUUGACUGGGCUAGCCUCAUCCCACGUUGACUGGGCUAGCCUCGUCCCACGUUUAUAAUGUUUCUCAGCAUCGCAGUGUUGUGGCCAUGACCACAGAUCUCACCCGGACCUGCUGGACCUGCCAGUGGAACAUCUUGUCACCUUGCUGCUGCCUGGGCUCCCGUUGCCGAAGCACCUGUCACCUAGAGGUUACACUAACCCAGUGGAGGUGGAAGUUGUUGAUUUGUUUUUUGAAAGUUGUGUUUUUUUGUUUUUUGUUUGUUUUUGGUUUGGUUUUGGUUUGGCUCUUGUUUUCAUUUUGGAGAUAAAUAUAUAUAUAUAUAUAAAUAGAGAAAUCUAUAUCACUAUAGAAUAAUGCAUUAAUAAAUUGAGGCUUUUGUAGAGGAAGACCAAAAAAAAAUCCGAUGUCUUAAAAAUAUCAUUAGGAAAGGCAGUGCAGGAGCCUUCCUGCUCCCGUGCCGGACAUCUGGGAGGGAAGACGGCAUUGCCCGACGAAGCUGAAUGUCACGGGGUGAGCCUGCACACCCAAGGCUUUGCUCUCCUGCUAGACGAAGACUGAGUGCAGUGCGUGGCUCUCUGCGAAGACGCACUGACAGUCCUCAGGUUUCUGCUCAGUUAGGGGACUGUGACUCGGGGGAGGGUUCUGCUGCCCCCCCCGCUCCCUGCCCCAGGGACCCCCAGGACCGCCCCGGGUGCAUCUUUCAUUUCCCUGUGUACCAAGCGUAGCCGUGACACUAUACAAACGGUUCACGUUCAUCCCGUAACUUAAAGCAGGACGCGAAAGUGUUAAGAUACUAAAUUCUCUAUCCUGUACAUUUCAAAAAAGAGAGAGAAAGGCAUAUGCAAUAUUUACAUUUUUAAUUUAGUUUACAGAAUGGAACCAAAAUGUAUAAAUGUUAUGUUUGCUAAAACUUCACAAUGUAUAUUGGGUCUUUGUACAUUUUGCCUGACUGACCUUAAAUUUAAAAUAUUUUUUGCUAUAUAAACUUUAACAGUUAUUAAAGCAGUGUUUUCUUUUUUGGGUACGUAUCAUUUCUGGGUAUCAAGAUGUUAAAUAUAUUUCUUGCUAUUGUGAUAUGACAAGAGACUUCACUUAUCUUGCUCUGUCUUCCACUGUACACGCUGUAUAUAGGGCCAGAGACAGAAUAAAGCGGACUGUCCUAACGCA